AUGCCAUCAGAAUCAUUGCAUCAUCUUGAGUCCAGUGGCGGUCUUCUUGCUAUUGUCAUUGUCAUCGUGUGGAUGGGUGCUCAUGAUUCACCUAACCGAGGGUCGACCAUAUCUGAUACUUCUCAUCCGACAGAUCAGCACGUUGCACGUUCUUCGAGUGUUACUCGUGAGUUCAAGCUUUCUUUUUCUUCUUCUUCAUAUCUCUUUCCUUUCAGUUUCUUGUUCUUAGUUUCGCUGAGGAAAAGGACCAGGGCAGUGAGCGGCAAGCAAGCUUUAAUGGCUGAUCAAAGCUCCAAAAAAUCCCCAGCUGCCCAGAAUUACGCUAAACCAAUCCCAUCCUUCUUUGGUUCUCCAAGAUUCAAAGCUUUCACUUCAAAAGCCAUCCCUGAAACUGAAGCUAUCAAGAGCCCUGCUUCAAUCCUCGACAACAAACUACUAUUUCCAUUUUGUAAUCCCUUUGCGUUAAACCUACCAAAAUCCCCAGAAGUUUUCUCACCUGAAAAUUCAGAACCGAAAGGCAUCGGGCUUGCUAUACUCGAUACAUCCAUCAAUGAUAACCGAGGUGAAGAUAACAGUUGUCGCGAGUCUAAUAACAAGAAAAAGGUCUUGCUCGGGACGGAGCUCAGAGUUCAGAUUCCACCACUCCCACAUACUCAUUUUGGAACAAAGACCAGGAAUUCAUCAGGUAUCCAUACGAAGGAUUCUCCUUGCAUUCCGGUUACUGAAAUGGAGCUGUCUGAGGAUUAUACAUGCGUGAUAUCUCACGGUCGGAAUCCCAGAACCACAGAUAUAUUCGAUAACUGCGUGGUCGAAAACUACUGCAGUGUGCCAGUGCCAGAUAAUAAAGUGAAGACAACAUCCGAGAGUUUCCUUAGCUUUUGUCACACAUGCAAGAAGAAUCUUGAACAGAAAAUUGACAUUUACAUUUACAGAGGUGAGAAGGCUUUUUGCAGUUCGGAGUGUCGAUAUCAAGAGAUGCUCCUGGAUGGAGAAGAGUUCACUACUGCUUCAAGAAAUUAUUUCUGAAUAUUGCAACCAAAGUCAUUGAUUAUGUAAACCAAAUAUUGUGGUAUCUCGUUUUGUUUCUCUUUUGCUUUUGUUUUACCCUUUCCCUGCAGAUAAGACAUACGAGAG